GUCGUCAGUUUCUGCAGCAGAGCAGCAGGGGCAGCACCGACGGGGUUCAGCGCAGGGAACGUACACACGUGCAAGUACGCAGGGAAAAGCAUCGAAGCUAAUUUGAGUUCCGGCGUGUCCUGCGGGGAUUGAUCGAUCGGAUCGAUCAAACGAUCCGUUGGCGAAAAUGGACGCAGCAUCGGAGGCUAACCUGUACCGGAUGUACGAGAAGAGGCAGUACGACGCCACUCGACAGCGGCCGGUGCUUCCGGUGACGAUCGUGACCGGCUUCCUCGGCGCAGGCAAGACGACGCUGCUGAGGAAGAUCUUGCGCUCGAAGCACAACCUUCGCAUCGCUGCCGUGGUGAACGAGUACGGCACCGUAGACCACGACGGAGGGGUGCUGGAGAGAGACGGACAGACGGACAGCGUAGACAAGCUCAUGGGUGGCUGCGUGUGCUGCCAUACCUCCCUCGGGGGCGAGCUGGAGGAGAAGGUCAGCGAGCUGUUGAGGAGGCCGGACCAUGCGGAAGAUAGGUACGACUAUCUCGUGAUCGAGACCAGCGGUGUUUCUGAUCCAGAGUCGAUCGUGCGGGCACUCGACAAGACCUUCGGAAAGCUCACCAGAGCAAGGUUAGACUCCGUCGUUACUGUCGUCGAUGCGGACGCGCUUUCCCACCAACUGGAGGAGGCGGCGGGGGGGCAGGGGGGCGCUGGAGGCAUGCUGGUCUCCAUGAGACAUCAGCUAAUGAGCGCUGACGUCAUCCUCCUCAACAAGGCCGACUUACUUGACGACCAACGGUUGUCGAAGCUCACCCAAGAGGUCACGAGUAUCAAUCCCGCCGCGCGAGUGGAGUGCUGCUCCUACGGAAAGGUGCCCCUGCACUCGGUACUGGACGUGGAGGCCCCGCGGACAGACAUACAGGGGGUUUCCCACGAGAGAGUGAAAGUCCACCUGAGCGUCUCCUCCAAGGGUGGAAACCUGCGAACGGCAUCAUCAUUAGCGUCGUCGCCUUCGUCUUCAAGACACGAUCGGAACAAGUCACGCUCAGUCUCACCCUCAGUCGCAGGCGGUGGUGGUGCCGGACACGAGUGCUCGGCGGAGGGCUCGGCGGAGGUGGGGAAGACGGAGGCACCGCAGGGACACUUGCGAGACGACGGUCUCGAGCAGGUUACCUUCACGUCUAGUCUUCCGCUGUCGCUCGCGAGGUUCCAGGAUUGGGUUUGCCAUGGCAUGCCGGCGGGCGUUGUGCGGGUGAAGGGGGUGCUGGCCUUCGACGAGGACAGGCUGACUAGGUCGGUUUUCAACAUGAGCGGGAGGCGGCGUCUUUCCUUCGAAACCGACGGCAUGUGGCAAGGACCAAUGAGCCUCUACCUGGUCGUUAUCGGGGUGGGAAUGGACCGCGUCGGGGUUUUGUCCGCCUUGGAAGGCUUGCGCGUCGACACGUCCUCCGGUGCUGGUUCGGAGAGAAACUGCGUCGGCGGUGGUUCGGCCGAGCUUGAGAAGGAAACCGAGCGACUAAUGAGAAUACUGGAGGAGGAUCCUCUCUUCGAUUCCGUUUCUUGUGAGGCUACGCCCUCGUGUGCCAAGCACGUCGUGCGCUUUCGCUUCACCGGCGCUGGUGCCUACGGUGUCCCGCCAACUCAGCUGUGCAUCAAGUUCGGCGUUAACCUGGACGCUGUCAACCGAUCCAUCCUCCGAGCCGUCAAUAGCGGCGCGACACCUGGCCGCAGCGCUGGCGCCACGACCAGGGCAAGCAGCGACGCAGUCGUGUUGCCGGUUGAAGGAGCAAGGGACCCUGACAAUACCGUGUCCGGCUCCUCCGCCACCACCGGGAAAAAUCUAAGAACGUUCUUGACUUGCCAGGAAGGCGUGCACGUCGGCGGCGGUGGCGGCGGCGGGGACGACCAGCAUUGCUUAGUGUUGCGAUACGCAGUCGGGACGAGCAGCAGCGAUAGUAGUAGCGUUGGCGUCUCCCUCGCGGACGCUUGGCCCAUGCUCGUGGAGACCGCGCGCGGGGUCAUGAAGACCGAGCUGGGCCAUAUCCACUUUUGCAAUUGCUUUUCGUAGUAGACCAAGGGGCUCUCUCAGUCGUGAUGGUGAUUGGUGAUGAUUGGCGAAGGAAUGACCGAAGAUAAUAUCGUUUCCGGGGGGUGGAAGGCAGGUGGGUAUGUUCUUGGAACGUUGGGCCAGUUUGAACAGCAGUGCGUACAUCUUCCGUUCAAGGUCGCUUUGUGGGCUUGCUAUCCUCGUGCACCAGACCCCUCUGUCUUCUUUUCGUUCCGAGGGGCUGGAAGGGAUGCAGUGGGGCGUUGGGUGGACUCGGGAAUCUUUGUGUGUUGUAGCACGAACCAGCGUUUGUUGUCGUUUAUGGCUCGGGAUGAGGAGAGGGCUUAGGAUGCCAGACCCUCGUGUGUGCACCAUGCCUCUUCGUUCUUGUUUGGCUCCGGCGGACCACGCAAAGAAACAAAUGUUCGGCUCUCACGAACUCAUAGUGUUGGGUUAUGCAUACUAUGUCUUGGCAAGUGUCGCGCUCUUUGCUCUAUCAUAAAUUAAGCCUUGAC